AUGGCAAAUCCUAAUGGUGUCGUCGCGCAAGCAGUAGUGGCCCAGCAGACUUUUGCUUCAGAUCCUAAAUACAAGAAGUACACUCAACAAGUCGAGAAGUGUUUGAAUUCGUUUGAUAAUGUCCAUGAAUGGGCGGACUGUAUAGCGUUUCUCAAGCAAUUGCUAAAGACGUUUCAAGCAUACAUGCAAUUUAAGGAGAUCCCACGCAAGUUGAUAGUUGCCAAACGGCUCUCGCAAUGUCUAAACCCCGCUUUACCAACUGGAGUUCACCAGAGAGCGUUAGAUGUAUAUUCUCAUAUCUUAGCCGUCCUCGGAUCGGAAGGUUUGAAGCGUGAUUUACCAAUAUGGUCCUCGGGCCUGUUUCCCUUUUUCGAGUACGCUGCAACAUCGGUAAAGCCGACUCUACUCAAUCUCUACGACACACACUAUCUUCCCCUGCAAGCUGGACUUCGACCCGUCAUGAAAUCAUUCAUUCUCGCACUAUUACCAGGUCUAGAGGAGGAGACAGGAGAAUUCUUUGAAAAGGUCAUCAGUCUACUAGAUCGACUAUCCGGAACAGUCUCUCCCUCCUUCUUCUUCCAAAACAUUUGGCUCGUCAUGUUGACAACUCCCUCCGCCCGAGGAACUGCAUUGAACCUUCUUUCCCGGAGACUACCACAACUUCAUGGGUUGGAAGACAUCACUUCCAUUGUGGGUUCUGAUAUAGGUCUGAUGAUUCGUGCGUUUGCGGCUGCUUUAGAAGAUGAAAACUUGCUUGUUCGGAGGAGUGCGCUGGAUCUACUUCUACAAUCUAUGCGCGUCGAUAGUAGUGCUGUCAAACGGGCGCAAGCAGAAGACAGGUCAAUUUUGAUGCGCGCAGCUAUUAGUGUUGUACUUCGACGUGAUUUGUCACUAAAUCGGCGGUUAUAUUCUUGGUUGCUGGGACCAGGCGAUAAAAGCGAGCAGCAGAUCGAGUACUUGAAGGAUAACUCGCUGGAAUUGCUUCGGAGUACGCUAAAGGAGGAUAUGCUUUCGCCUUCUGGGGAGUACUCAGAGUCUAGGCCGUUCAAGAUCUUCAUCUCAUUGCUGGACAAGUGGGAGAUUGGAGCUGCACUGUCGGAGGUGUUGAUUUAUGAUUCGUUCAAGGCUGUUAAGGUUCUGGUGAAUGGUACAUCAAGAGGACAGGAAGAUAUAUCUAUGACUGCCAAUACUCUGUACGAAGCUGUGGAACCGCAUAUCAUUUGGAGACGACUUCUGAGUGUUGUAUUCCAAGAAAUUGUUAGUGGCGAUCAACAAUUUGAGGCUAUCGACAUGAUCAUUUUCAUACUCAAUACAUUCUCCCAAGAUGAAGAAGUUCAAACCAUACAUUUUCCACUUAUUUUCGCUGCUAUUGUGGAUCUUCUUGAGAUUCAAGUCCAACGAGAACCUUCGAAAGCCUCAUCUCCCUCCAUGAAAGCGAGCUUGAUCCUCCUCGAAGCAAUACUGUUCCACAUACCACACAUCACAUUACUAUCACGCCCCGAAGUCAAGUCCGACCUACAAACAGCCAGCGAUACCGAACGACCUUACAUCUUUGCAUGCAUUUUCUACGACAUCAAACCACUCCUUGAUCCUCCUGUCCCCUCCGGAACGUACACAGUACCUUUUUGCUCUGCAUUCGAGAGCUUAAUCACUAUGAGUAUGGUUUUCAGUCAGACUUUGACGAAAGCAACGGGGACUGGUACUGCCGAUUUUGCGCAGCUACGUGAGAUUUUCUCGUCGUCGCUGACGUUGAUCGACCGCUUGGUCAGUAGACUCAGUUCGUCUAUCAAGUUGUUUUGGGAGCCUAAGAGGUGGCUGUCUGUGGUUUUGGAUAGUCUGCAAGAAAAGACCAACUUCACCGUCGUAGACAAAACGAUCUCUCUGAUCGUCCUCCUCCAGCAAACAUCUGAUCUCACACCCAACUUUUCCGUCGACGAUCGAUCCACUAUGUCCAAAAUGAUUAAUUGUUUGUUAUCGUAUCUUCGACCGGACUAUGCAGUAUAUCAUGUUCGUGCUGUCAAUCUCAUCUGGAGUCUCGACGCCGCUACAACUAGAUCCCACGUCGAGAGCAUCUUGGCCCAAGCUAUGAAUUCAUCGGAGUCGAGGAACGUCCAAGAGUCCUAUGAGGCUUUUGGUGUACUUUGGAGGCUUACUGAGGAUAAUAUGCUUCCUGGCUUCCGGUUCAAGGUCCCGAUGAUGAUCGUACUGGACACCUUGAAGAACGAGGAACCGAACCUUCGACGAAUUGGCGAGACCUGGAUGAGAUGUAGUUUGAAAUCAUAUCUUCGCGUACUCGAUCCUAUUCUGUUCGAACUCAUGGACCCUUCGAUCCGCCGGUCAACAUCGACCAUGAAAGUGAAGGGUAAAGAGAUUCCCGGGUUCACAUAUGAACGUCCGUUCGACCAACGGUACAUCAAUCACCUUCUCGAUAUGCUGGCAUCCGUAAUACGGAUUGGCGGGCAGGGCUUUGUGAAGACUGCACGGAUGUCUGGAAUCAAACGAUCUCAUCAUUCUGGGCUUGUGACUAGAGUGGAAGCAGCUGGUUUCCCAGACCCCGAUGUCAGCUAUCUAGAGGUCUUAGUUGAGCUUCUAUUGCAUUACCUUCAAGCCGAACCAAAGGCAUCCUGGGCACCCACCAUGCAUCCUCAAAAUCUUGUCAUACAAUCAACUGUUGUAGAUCUCCUCCAAGCCAUCAUCGCCCGCGGAGAAAUCAGCGGCGUUUCAAUUGACGUCGUCGAAGCAGCCGUCAUCGGCAAACUCUACUUUUGCAUCCACACAGAUCGACCAGCUCUCCAAAAUAAACUCCUCCAUCUCCUUCAUUCGGUUAUAUCUGCCUCCAUCGCUACGGAUGAACCCGCUAGGCGAAUAACGGUGGGAAAUCAGCGCCCGGAGGAGUCUCUGACUAGUGGAGAUGUUGAUGAGCACGCUCGCGGAUAUUCAAUGAAUCCGUUACUGACACAGACCCUCGUCGAUGGAAUCAUAACUCCAACGAAUCAAUCGGUUCUUCAACACUGGUUGGACUUUGUGUUAAUGGCUAUACCACAAUUUCAACCUAUGUUACAAGCGGUCGUCGCACCCCUCAACGAAUGCGUGGGUAGAAAGCUCCUAAUGUCCUUAAAGGACCUCCUGAAGGCAUCGAAAAGGGAAGAGGAAUUUUCGUCCGACAUACAUUCUUCCACGUCUGAUGCGGAGUUUACUAUGCUGCUCAAUGGUCUGGAACGAUUAAUCUUGCUGAGCUUGACCUACACUUCAGAAGUAAACCUGAUGGAGGAUGAUGCGUCGAUUAAUGCGGAAAAGGCCGUAGAGGGUAGUGGCCUUCUAGGUUAUGUGUCAAAUGUUUUCAGUUCGGAUACUACUCAGCAGUCGAGCGAUGAUCAGUUAACGGUUCGAUCAUUCGCGUAUCAUGCAUUGAACGAAGGUGUUCGUGUCUUGUACCUCAUAUGGGGUACACUGGAAUGGACAGAGCCGGAAGAAACCACAUCACGAGAUGAAUCAUUGGCCCUCAUAUACAACCGUACACGGACGCGCUGUCGCCGAGUACUCGAACAUAUAUUCCGUGUUCAAUCAGUGGAAGUCUUUGAGUCUAUAGUGGACUGCUGGAACCGAGAUAUGUUUGAAUACCCAGUGUCUGCCAACGCACCUUUCGAACUCGUUGACGUGCUUGUGUCAAGUGCGCAGAACGUUGUGCAUAUGAUUUGCGAAAGCAUAUCCUUACGUAUGUCAUCUUCUGAGAAACGAAAGCAGUCCAUAAAUCUUGACUUGACUGAUGGGGUAUUGUUCAAGUAUCUUGAGCUAUAUCUCAAACGAUUGGAAGGACCUCUUGCAAUACAGGUAUGGGGAAGGUUCUUACAACUCGCCAAGGAGAUAGCUGGUAGUACCCGGGACUUCAAACCACAGACCUUCCCUACUCUCCGAUGUGCGACUGUGCUGGCUGAGAAAAUAACACAGACAACAGCGAUGGAGGACAAACGUAUACGCAAAGAACUACAGGACAUCUUCACCAAAUUGCUUGAUUCAUCUGUCGGCUAUGUUGGACGGACUUAUGGUUCUAGUUCAUGGAUUCGUCGUUCCGCCAAUGAAGCUCUAUCAAGUAACGGAAGAGACUCCCCUGCUCCUGUCUCUCGAGAUACGAAAGUAGAUGAGAAAAUGAACGCAAGUACAACCUCAUUUGCACCUGACACACCCAGACCUGGUGCAACGAACGAGGUCGCCAUCCAGAUCAAUGAGUUCAUUGCCACAGUCGCGUUACCGCUCAUGCGGGGCAUACUAAUGGACAACGACAAGGUUUCCAGUGCAUGCGCUAAUAUUGUUUAUUAUAUCGUCAGUCCAGCGCUGAAGGGAAAGACGAAACCUCUGGAGGUCGAUCAAAUUGUCGUGACUAUCAUUUAUGAGAUGUCGAAGAUUCCUUCUGCAUUCAAAACAUGGAAAUCGCCUGUGACAGAGCUUCUGAAUGAUAACAAAGUCUUUAAUGGAGCACCAGGCGCUGCGGAGUCCUGGAAGCCUAUAGUCAAGACCGUCUUCGAUACUGACAAAACUUCUUUUCCUGAGUUGCUGACAUUUUUUGAAGAUAAAAUCUCCACCGCACCCUCGGCGAAUAUCUUUACAAAUCGCGAGUACGAGAUGCUUGUUCGAUCAUUGAAUCUUCGAAGAUUAUCUUUCGUGUUGAUGGCGGGUGACAAGAACCAUUAUUUAACCGUUUUACCCUCUAUACAAGAGAAGCUUGUUGACGUUUUGCGCAACGUAACAGCUCCUAUAGUCCAGAGUGAGGUGUAUCUUUGUAUCCGGGUCCUCCUCUGCAGACUCUCGCCGCAUAACUUGACCAGUUUCUGGCCUGUGCUGUUAACUGAACUUUACCGCAUCUUUGAACAAGUCAUGCUGAACCUUCCGUCAGAUGGAUCUGAAGAUCUUCCACUCGUUUUGGCUGCUUGUAAAUGCCUCGAUCUACUGAUUGCAAUACAAACGGCGGAAUUCCAGAUACACCAGUGGAUGUUUGUGACGGAUACUGUCGAUGCGAUAUAUCGACCGAACGAAUGGUCCCCUGAGGCGAUGAUGGACCAACUCGCGGAGAUUGCUGCAAGUCUUCCUAGAACUUCAACAACAACCAAUGGAGGAACCAGUCCCGCGCCAAAUGUCCCGACAUUCACUCCGCAUCGGCCGAUGCGUCGACCAAUGUUGACUUCUAUUCGUCAGAUUGAUAGUAUUCGGGAUCUGGUACCGUUCUUCAGCAGCGUCAGCAUCACGACGUACGAAAGCGUAUAUGCAAGUAACGGCAGCAUAGAUUGGGAUGCGAUAGAAAAGGGGAUUAUGGAUGAUAUGUUUGAUGGACGAUGA